AGAGUAAUAAAUAUAUUCUCAAUUCUUUGUUUACGAGUUCAUGCUUGUUUUACAAAAAUGCAAAUAGGAUUUUUAAGAAAUCUAUAAUCUCGAUUAUUAAGUAUUAACUCUUAAACAUAACGACAGAUUGUAUUUCUAUAACUAGGUACAGGAAAUGGACCAAGCAACAGCCAAAAAACUUCUGAUAGAAGGCGGCACUUUUGUAUUUCUUGGAGUGCCAGAAGAAACUCAAUUCGGUAUUGACAUGCAGUGUUGGAAUACAGAAGAAGACUUCCGAGGCAUAAAAAUGAUUCCGCCAGGAUUACAUUACAUACACUAUGCUGCUGUGAGUAAAAGCACCGCAGAUAUCUCACCUAGGUCUGGAUUUAUGCAUUUUUUUGAACAAAAAGAAUUCUUAGUCAAGAUAUGGAACAAAGACAAAGAAGACAUUAGUAAAGAUGAAGUGAGCGAUGAAAGUAUACAGACACUUAAAGACAAUUUAUUAAAUUUAGACCGACAUUUGGCACCUUACCCAUAUGAGAUAUGGCAGAAAUGGAGGCUUCUCUCAUCACAAAUAACAAUUGGUUUAGCUAAAAAGUUAUCACCAGAAAGUGGUAUAAUAAGAGCUAACAUGGAGCUUUUACCCACAAGUGACGGCGAUAGACCAAGAGGUGUUAAAACAUUAGAUGAGACUGGAGAGGAGGGGACGACGUCAAAUGCUGGACAAUCUGUUUCUAAGAGAGCUAAGAGGUUAUCUGCACAAGAAAGAGAAGAUGCUAUGCUUCCUGACCUAAAGUGUGUUCCUGGAACUGCAAUGAGAUUUACAAAGUUUCCAAAAGAAAAAUAUCCUCCUGGAUCCUCACCGGAAGAAAUCACCAAACAUUAUUUGGACCAAUCAUACACAUUAGAGCUAAUGAUUUCCCAACAUGAUGAACCACUUCACAUAGUUGGUGAGCUACAGUUUGCGUACCUGUGUUUUCUUAUUGGCCAUUCAUUGGAGGCCUUUGAACAUUGGAAAGACUUGGUUAUAUUAAUGUGUUCUUGUGACAGUGCAAUAAACAAAUACCGUUCAGUGUAUGUUCAAUUCAUCCACACCAUUGAAACACAAAUUGAGGAAAUGCCAGAGGAGUUUUUAGCUGAUAUAGUGAUGAAUAAGAAUGUUGUGUAUAAGAAGCUUCGAGAAUUUUUCCGUAUCGCUCAUGCAAGUAAAGUUGAUGGACGUCUUUUGGCAUUGAUUGAUCGGUUUAAAACGAACUUGACAGAAAAAUUGCAGUGGGAUUUUACUGGGUUGGAUAAAGAUGAAGAUGAUGAAAGACCAGUUAUUGUGAACAUAGAUGAAGCUGAGUUAGAGUAAAGUAAAAAAUCUUUAAUUUUAUGAAUUUACUAGCUGACCCGGCAAACGUUGUUUUGCCAUAUAAAGUAUAAUUCACGCGAUAGUUUUAUAAGUAAUAAAAUAUUGCCUAUAUUAUAGCCUGUACAUCAUUUUGUUCUAUUGUCAAUAGUUUUUGCAGCGCACGCAAAAAUAGGUUUUCGAUUUUACACCUUGUGUUACAAAAUAGCAAUUUUAUUACGGAUCCCUAAUUUUGAAAAAAAAACAUAGCCUAUAGCCUUGAUAAAUGGACUACCCAACACUGAAAGAAUCAUUCAAAUCGGACCAGUAGUACCAGAGAUUAGCGCGUUCAAACAAACAAACAAACACUGCAGCUUUAUAAUAUUAGUAUAGAUAUGAAAACUUUCUGAGACCAGUUGGAUCCAUAUCAAAUCCAUAAAAAAGAAAUCCUCUUAUAUCGACAUAUGAUCAUCAGGGAGCGUACAUAUCAUGCCGAUGACAGGCGUAUGACGCCAAGCUACAUACAGGAUGGUAAAAAACGAAUUGUUGGUUUUCAUGACUAUCUCCUCAAUUAAGCGUGUUAUUUAGAGAUAAAUUAAUUAGUUAUAAUUUAUAACUGACAGAACAGGUACGAAUUACGUAUUUCAAUGGACCAUGAAGUCGAUGUGGAUGGUGAAGAUAUGGUGUUCACUUUUCAUUUAAAUUUUAUGGCAUAGUGUGCCUUGAAUUGCACCCAUAUUGCGUUUUAUAUUUCCAACUUGUUGACUACGGAGAAGACGAAACUGAGAGAUAGUACUUAAUAUCAUAGUGCACAAUAAAGCAUUUUGUUUCCAUCGCAUUAAAUACUUAUUUUUUUAUAUUUCAGAAACUAUUAUGUUAGAAUCAAACGUUAAUAGAGUGUCUUUCACUACGUUUUUUGAAACACUUUGCGUUUUUAUAUUAAUACGUCAUUAUGACGAAACGGGCAUGAAAUGUACGCUCCCUGAUGAUCACUUACGGCCGUUCCUAAUAUUCAGUCUAUAUCUUACUUGAGAUAAAAAUCGUAACUAUCGUUGACUUUUCUGUCCCAAUAUACUUAUCGACGGUAACUCACCUUAUCCAUACACGCUGUCUGUCAAUGGGACGACGUAUACCUUACCAGCGAUACAAGUUUGUAUGGAAAUUGCAAUUCACGCGUCCCAAUAUAAUAAGAAUGACUUAUCGGGUAUAUUGGGACAGCUUCAGAUUAUUGACUGCUAAUUACUGACAGUAGAAGGUAGUAAUUUAGCUCUAUCUGUAGAUAGUAUAUUGGGAACGGCCGAUAAGGAAUAAUAUUUGUCAUAAGGACUAUAUGUUAAUUAUACUGUUUAGUCAGCAAUAUACUUGUACAGUAAAAUGGAUUUUAAGAUCGAACGUGUGUAAGUUUUAUGAUAUAUUGUAAUAAUUGACUCAAAUAACACUAAAGUUGUAUUAAUUUAUUAAAUUCCCAAAAGAUUAUGAUUUAAACUCAUUGUUAUCAUUUCCUAAGUAUGAGUUAUUUGUUUUUCAAGGAAAACAAUUUUGUGUUCGAUCAUUUUGCGCUAUAUAUUGAUGUCAUUGUCUACUGUCAAGUGUAAAGUCAAAUACCCACAUAAACUUUAAAAAAAUUAAAGCGUUGCAUUAGCCACAAUUAUUAUUGUCUAACUAGAAAAUAGAGCCAAAUGAAAAUCAAAUAAAAAAAAAUAUGAUAUAACCACGGAGUAGGGAUAGGCUUAGUAGAAACAGAAUACAAUUCCCAUACUACGAAUUAAAUCGCAUUAGAAGUGUGACAAUGACAAUCAUGAGUAUAUAAGUAUGUAUGUAACGGAAACUUUGAUAAUGAUUUUCACCCACUUGUUGGAUUGAAUUGAAAUUGCACACGCGGGUUUAAUAUUUUAUAUUCCCAAUGACGUUGAAAUAUGGGAAAGCUAAAUAUACUAGCUUUUACAUCGUAACAACAUCAAAAUAAACAAUUUCCGUUACUAGAAUUAGAUUUUUAUUACUUAGAUUGUAUAAAAAUACGCAAGUAUUAGUCGUUACGGAGUUCCAUUGAUCAUCAUAUUUUACUACGACAAUUACUUGACCAUAACGACGUUACGGUAGGUAACUCCGAUCCGGAUAGCAUAAAAAAGAUUCGGCCUAGUAUCGUUGAUCCUAAGAAUUGAAGAGUUUCGUUACUUUGUCAUGGAUCCCAUAUGCAGAACCUAUCCAAACUAUCACCAAACUGCCUUUGAAGUAUAUCCUUUCCAAUAAAAAAAGAAUUAUCGAAAUCGGUUGGCGCGAUAUUGAGUUAUUCGUAAAUUUGUUGCACACAUACAUAUAGCAAAUUGAACACUUUUAUGGUUUUC